CUGAGCCGCAACGCAGGGGUCCGGAAAGGAACUCAAGUUGUGCUUCAUACGGGGACUUCCUGUGGUUCAGCGGGGACACUGAAGAAGGCAUGGGAGUUUGCAGGAGAAGCAAAGCACCGGCAGAGGUGAAGGAGGCCGUUUUCCUCAGGAGGAAGAUCACCCUCACCCGCGUCAUUGCCUUGGGGGUGGGCACCAUGGUGGGCAGCGGCAUCUUCAUUUCCCCCAAAGGAGUCUUGCAAAACUCAGGCAACGUGGGGGUCUCCUUACUGGUGUGGCUGGCUUGUGGGAUCCUAUCACUAUUUGGAGCCCUGUCCUAUGCAGAUCUUGGAACAUGCAUCACCAAGUCCGGCGGUCAUUACAUUUACCUGCUAGAGACACUUGGACCACUGCCUGCUUUUCUAAGAUUAUGGGCGGAAUUUGUUAUGAUCCGACCUGCAAAUAUGGCUGUGGUGUCCUUGGCAUUCGGUCGGUACUUAAUUGAGCCUUUCUUCGCCCCGUGUGAUGUCCCUCCUUUGGCUGUGAAACUGAUCACCACCACAGGAAUCACCCUAGUCAUAGUCCUCAACUGCUGGAGUGUGAGCUGGUCUGCCAACAUACAGACAUUCCUCACAGCCCUCAAGAUGGUCACGGUUGGUCUGAUCAUCGUUCCUGGGAUGAUGGCUCUGGGAAAUGGCCGCUAUGAAAAUUUCCAGGACAGCUUUAACACAACUUCGCUGACACUUGACAAGCUGCCUCUUGCUUUUUACUCUGGGAUGUUUGCCUAUGGAGGCUGGUUCUAUAUAAGCUUUGUAACAGAGGAAAUUGUAAAUCCUAAACGGAAUAUCCCACUCGCUGUAAUAGUGUCCUUGGCCGUGGUUACAGUGUGUUACAUCCUUACCAAUGUGUCUUACUACGCAGUCCUGACACCACACGAGAUUCUCAACUCUGACGCAGUAGCUGUGAGUUUUGCUGAUAAAGCUUUCAAGAGCAUUUCCUCUGUGAUUCCAGUACUUGUAGCUCUCUCGUGUUUUGGUGCUUUGAACGGAGGAAUCUUUGCUGCUUCAAGGAUGCUGUUUGCAGCUGCCCGGGAAGGACAGUGGCCAGCUCUUUUUUCAAUGAUACACCUUGAAAGACACACUCCUCUUCCAGCCUUGAUACUAAUGUUGCCAUUGAUCUACUUGAUGGUGUCCAUUGGUGACCUCUAUGGGCUGUUGAACUUCUAUAGCUUUUCACGCUGGUUCUUCAUAGGACUUGCCACCCUGGGGCUCAUGAUACAUCGUUAUCGGCAUCCAGAACUGCCAAGACCCUUUAAGGUGCCUUUGUUUUUCCCACUAGUGUUCACAAUAGCCUCUUUCUGCAUCGUGGGGACAUCCCUGUAUUCCGAUCCUGUGAACACCAGCAUUGGCUGUGCUGUGACUCUGUCUGGCUUGCCCGUCUACUAUCUGGUGGUGCAGAAGGCUAGGAUCCCAGGCUGCAUCACAUCCAUGUUCAAUUCCAUCACAGUAAAAUUGCAGAUCCUGAUGAAAGUGGUGCCCCAGGAUGUCCUAACAUACUGAAGAAUGUGCAUCCCUAGGACCUUCCAAAUCUGUUCUUUGGGAGCUCCUCACACUCCAACCGUGUGGGAUACACCUCCAAGUCCACUUUUAAACAUGGGAGAAAACUGUGACAAGCCAUUCUUUCCUUACCAACGAUUAGCCAAAGCAUUUGGAUAUCAGAAAAUUAAAGGGUGGUCUUGUUUUGGGCAAAAAACAUAACCCAGUUCUGCUUAAAUCAGGAGUGGGAAGCCUCAAGUCUCUCUGUCAGGCCUUAAGACUCUUUCUAGACCACAUCUCUCAUCAGUCUUGCUCUCUGAAUCCUCCCAGAGGGCUUUUGCCCUUGAACUAUGGUCAUGCCUCCUACUUGUCUGGAUAGAGGUGUGAGUUUGUGAAGAAAUCUCCGACUUUUGCAUGGUUGGAAUGUUAGGCCAGUAUUUCAAUCUCAGUAUAUAGGCUACUAGAGCAGAAAAAUUGGAACAGACCAAUGGUAAAUCUAGUACGCGGGUUGUUAAACUGUGGUCCACAGACCACCAAGGGUCUGUGAGUUUUGUUCAGGUGGUCUGCAGUUGUUCUGUUAAAACAAUGGAAAAGCACACAUCAUCUAGCACAGUACAUUACACUAGCUACAACAGGCAGGAAAAUAAAUAAGCGGUCUGCCAAGACCCUCAGCCAUUUUCAGGUGAUCCAUGGAGAAAAUAAUUUGGGAACCACCAACAGAGUGGAUACCAGACUUUAUAGUAUAUUAAAAGCUGGUGCCCAGCUGAGGAAGCUUGCAUAUCUACGUGUAGAAAACCAGUGAAAAUGGAAAAUUCAGUAUGAUCUCACCUUGCUAGAGACAGAGCAAAAUUAAAGUUGCUUAAGAAUGGAUUACAGUACCGGAUUUUCAAGGUAAUCCUUAUACAGUGGAUACUUUCCUGGGGUGGGUGGAACAGAUAAUGGGUUAUUCAUUUAAGGGUAGCCCUGGUUACCAGGAGAAUGACGGAAACACAGUAUAUUCAAGAACAAGUGACUUCACUUGGUAGAGAUGUUAAGGUGCCAUUUUAAGAUUAGUGGACUGUACUUAAAAUACAGUCCUUGCAGGGGUUAAUUCAAGUGGUAACUUAUCUACGGUAAAAGAGCUGCGGCCAAAAUGACAUUUGGUGGAGCUGCCUAAUUCAACACUUGCAGCACGUGAAACUAAAAAACACACAAAUAAACAUCACCACCUAGUCCCAAAUACUUGCAAUUUCACCAGAAAGGGAAGCUCCUCCUCCUGAAUAAUUCCUUCUAAUGUGGAAUGCUUUUCUAGCAUACAGAGAACUAAAAUAAUAGGCUGCAAUUCUAAGACCAUGUACCUGUGAGUCAAAUUGUACUUAAUGGAACUUACUUCUGAGUAAACGUGGUUAGGAUUGCAGCCUAAAGCACAAAUUACACCCUGCAUUGAUAGGAACCUUCUUUUUUUAUUAGACAAAGGCGCUUCAUAUCUGGGCUGCUCCUAAAUUAAUAGUACAGAGAUAUGGUGCAGCAAAAAUUUAUAUGUAUUUUGGAUUACAGGAUUGUAAUGAUUUAUAUAUUUGUUGUGUUAAAUUUGUUAUUAUAAUUGUAAAUUGUUUUAGGAAUGGAUAUAAAACAUUCUCACUGUGUGCUGUUUUCCA